AUGAAAACCAUUAUUUAAAAGCACCCGAUCGUUUUCCGGGUGGUUUCAGUCUUAGUUUGAAAAAGAGUUUCCUAGCGUCAUGUCAACAAAAUUCCAGCUAGAAAUUCUGAACGAACACAAUCGACUGCGCGCCCAGCAUUCCGCGCCGCCUCUGGCGCUGAGUCAACCGCUCUGCAGUUACUCGCAGGAAUGGGCCCAAACCAUCGCCAGCCGAAACAAGUUACAGCACCGAUCGGAACGUAAGUACGGUGAGAAUCUGUACGCUUGCUUCGGCAAGACUGCCAUUUCCGGAGCCGAUGCCGUCCAAAGUUGGUAUCAGGAGAAAAAAGAUUACACCUUCGGCCAAUCCGAUCCAGGUAACAAUUUCUCCAAAGUCGGCCACUUUACGCAGGUUGUGUGGAAAGCAUCCCGCGAACUUGGUGUCGGCAUGGCUGUCAACGGUAGCAAUGUGUACGUGGUUUGCAACUACGAUCCGGCUGGCAACUAUAAGAAUCAGUAUGCAGCUAAUGUGACACCGACUUGAACGGGUUUUCCUGAACAAGUCCUUCCCAGCGAAUGGAUUGACGUUUAAUAAAAAUUAAUCUAAAAGUCCAUUGAAUCUCAAUUUUCAAAUAAAAACUGAACCACAAAAAAACUCAAUGACAAUUUGAGAUCGAAAAUUCUAGAAAAGUAUCACGCAAACAAUUUUGAACAAUUAAUUUUAUGCAUA